AUGACACUGGAAUAAUCAAUAGCUUUGAUAAGACUUAGGAUCCAAAUUUCAUAUGCUAAAAUGGCUACUCUAAAACAUUAACCACCUGCUUUCUCUAAUCAAUUUUUGAAAAUUCCAUAAGUGUUUUUUACUCAUGAAUUUUUUGACUUAGAGUAGGCAGAAAUGGGGUUUUAUUUAGAAAUUACAACUAUAACUUAAACAUGUAUUUAAUAAGUCAAUUAUAUAGCAUUUACUUUACUAAUUAGGUGUAAUAAAAGAAGUGCAAAUUCACUCAGAUUAAGGUGGUUUGCUUUUGAUGAUAAACGUAUGGAGGUUAUAAGCAACUUUAAUCAGGAGAAUCCAGAUGAUAAGACCUUUUCAAUUAAAAAUCCAAAUGCUUAAACUGGAUUUGUAGCUCUAACAAGUGUACAUUAUACAGGAUUAGUGGAUUUUCUAUUAUCAGUAAUUGUUAUUAACACCUUUAUAGAUAAGCAAAAUAAAAACUAAUUCAGUAACUGUGAGUAUAACUAAAGUACCAGGAAAGUUUACAAAUCUUAAAUAGGUUGGCUAUUUUGUAGUUGUUGGAAUUGAAGAGGCAUUUAUUAAUUUAGGAUUAAAGAAAGUAACUGGAGCAUUCAGUAGUGGAAACAUUCCAAUUUAACCAAAUAGAUGGUUUGCUAUAGCAGUGCAAAGCCUGGUUUAUCCAAAUGUUAAUAAUAUAAGAUUAUUAGCAACAUAUAGUAACACAGAAACAACGAUAUCAUAUAAUUGGGGAACCUGUAAAUAUUCAUGAUUUAUAAAUAUAAUAGGGACUUAUGCUGAGACUCCGAAUAGCCAUUCUUAAAUUUGGAUAGCAUAUUAAUUUACAAAGAUAUUCAAACCUUUAGAAUGUUUUAGUAUAAGAAUAAGCAGAAAAUAGAUAUUUGAUUUAACAGUUCCCAUAUUUUAUUUAGAAAUUCUUCAAUCUAAUAAAAUUUAUUAAACAAAUGGGAACUAUGAAUAUUAUGUUGAUAAAUCAAAUACCCCAUUUAAGUUGGGUAUUUAGAUUAAAUGUGAAAACGGAAAAAAAUCUAGGCAAAUUUUAAUAAAUGUAACUCUUGUAGUACUUAAAAGACUCAUUCAUUUUCUUAUAAUUGCUUCAAUUAAAUGA